GGACUACUUUAAUAAAUGUCUUAUAUAUCUUUUCUUUUCCUUAGAAACCUGCCCAGAGCGAUUUGGAUUGGACUGCCACUUGUCACGUGUGUCUAUGUCCUAACGAAUGUCGCAUACUUCGCGGCUGUUGCUCCGAAUGAGCUCCUCGCCUCUCCUGCUGUUGCCGUGACAUUUUCUAAUAUUGUGUUUGGAAGCAAAGUGGCCUGGUGCAUGCCUAUUUUCGUGGCUUUAUCCACAUUUGGAGGAGUAAAUGGGAACCUUUUUACAUCUGCACGGUUUUUUGCUAUGGCAUCACACGAAGGUCAGUUGCCUGAAGUUUUAGGAAUGAUAAGUAUUCGUAGGUGUACGCCUGUACCAUCCCUGCUGUUGACGUGUUUCAUGUCUCUUAUUAUGCUGUGCACGAGUGACAUCUAUGCCCUUAUCAAUUACCUGAGCUUCGCCCAAUGGCUGUGGACUGGUAUUGUCAUCUUAGGUCUCAUGAUCAUGAGAAAGACGAGGCCUCACAUGCACAGACCGAUCCGCGUUUCCCUCAUUUGUCCUGUCGUCUUCCUUGCUUGCUGUGUUUUCCUGACAGUUUUCCCGAUGAUUGCGGAACCUGUAGAAACUGGCAUAGGUCUAGUUAUCAUGCUUGCUGGACUUCCAGUAUAUCUGAUAUUCUGUUACAAGCAGCCAAAACAUUCACGACUAAGAGGUAGAUUAUAUGUGGAAAUAACAAGAUUCUUGCAGAAAUUGCUAGAGGUUGUGACUCCCGAAGAAAAAUUUUCCUGAUGAUGACAAGGUGCUGGAAGUAAUUUCAUAAUGCAGCUAACUAAAAAAACUGAAUUGACAUGGGGUGUCGAGUCAAAAAAACUCGUUUUUCAUACUUGUCAAAUGAAUGUCUUCAUUUACAUAUGAAUUGUUCCUUUCAAUUUUUUAUUCUGAUGAGAAUUUUUUUAUCGUUGAUAUGUAUUGUUGAAUAUUAUAAACUCCAGAUUUUUUUUUUUUUUUUACAGAAAAAAAAAAAAAAAAAAAAAAAAAAAAGCUUUUUAUAUAUCUUAUGUUAUUUUGUGGUUGACUGUGAUUGUAGCUGUGUUAUUAAGGGAAUAGUAAUUAAUGCAUGUUUCUAGGAAUGGCAAAAAUCUCAAGUUAAAAAAAUGGAUAGGCCAUAACUACUGUGAAAUAUAAAAUAAUUGUACUUUUAAUCAUCAUUAUACGAAAAACGUUUUAGGAAGUAAUGCAAAUAUAAAAAGAAAUAUCUAGUUCUGAAAAGAAAAUAAAUUACCAUUCAAAAUUAAUUAAAAAAUUUUAUUACAUACCUUUUGUUUAGAAUUAAAGAAAUAAAAUGGAAAAGGAGGGAAUGAAUAUAAUAAUUAUUGCAAGAGAAAUUGAAAACAGAGCUUCUUUUGAAAAUGUAAUAAAUUUGAAACAACGAAGUAUAAAUAUUUCUUUAGACAUUUCUUCGGAAGCAAUCGUUUUGUAAGCCAAUUUCAGUGCAAAUGAGAAGUAACUGUAAUUACAGAAGAUUUUGAGAUACAGCUAAUCGUCACAGUAUAAGAAUCUGUUAAAGAUCUCUAAAUUAGCAAUGUAUAUUUUUUAAUACUAAUUUUUGUCUCUCGAAAAUCGAGAGGGGAAAUUGCGCGGUAUAUUUGCCUGUGCUGAAGGAAGGAGCUAAAAGACAAAGAAUUUAGAAGAUUAAAAAUCAUAUUAAAAUACUAUAUUAAGUAUUUCAACGAAGUCUUACAGUUUUAUUACAAUCAAUAUUAAUACUUAAGUACUGUUCUUUGCUAUCGCUUUAUGCAUUUUACGUUUAUCAUAAAUCUGAAGUUUCGAAAUAACAUGCUGAAAAUAUCUGGGGGGGGGAUACACCAGGGAGAGAAAUAUGCGAGUAAAUACUGUAAUUAUACGUAAAUAGGGAAAUAACUAUUUUAACUGCCCUAUCUUUAAUUACUUUAGAUCUUCAACUACACAGUGUCCAUUUGUCAUUUCACUUAAAAGCCAGUUUAAGAUAGCUUUAAAAUAUACUAAAGACACUAUAAAUUAGUGCAUUUAUAACAGUUUUCUGUGAAGACCAUCCCCCAUUCUAGUGUUAAUUGUAAAUGUACAUAAGCUUUUCUGGAUCCGUUUGCUAUAUAUUCCGUUUAUACUGUUCCUUUUUCAAAUAUUUAACUUAAAUUACGUAAAUUAAAAAGGUUCAGGUGUUGGAGUAUACAAAUAUUGGUUCAUUAACUGAUGCAAUAUUUUAAUAUACCUCCUCCUGAGAAAAUUGCAGAGUUCAGCCGUGGUUAUUUUUUAGUAGAUUGUAACACAGUUUCCAAUUUUAGAAUGUUUCCCAAAACAAAAUACGGAAUUCAACCUUGUUCUUUUCAUUCCAACAUUUUUUAAGGUAGAUUAUAAAGGAAUCUGAACUUAUAUUUUUGAUAUAAAAGAUAUAUAAAAAACGAACCUGAGAAAAGAAAUUUUUCAUGUGUGUAGUCUUAAAAAUAGAUGUAAUAAUAAUGCAUUUUUCUUUUUUUUUUUUUUUUUUUUUUUUUUUUCUAUUUAUAAGGGGCAUUCAGUGAAGCAUCCUAUAACAGCAAUGAUUUAAAUGCUAAAGGUUCUAUAACAGCAAUAAUUUAAUAUUAUUUUAAAAAUAUUUACAGCUUUUGCGCAUGUAUUCUCGAGGGACAUCAAGCAUACAGUGACGCUCUCGUAAAAGUUGUAGGCUGUUCUUGGAAUUGUUACACAUCGGUUUUGUCGAAUAAUCUCAUUCAUUUUGGCAAACGGGAGCCUUUUUGGUGCAUUACAUUGCUUAUUUCUGCCCAAGACGAUCCUUCCUUUCUAAAGUGCUUUCACCACUUUACUCUUGCAAGUAAAGCAGAAUGCUCUGAGCACGUCUUUGCCUUUCAUCGACUGAUUUCAAUACCAACUACACGACUGAUUUCAAUACUACCUUCUAGCGCCGAAAAUGGACUACCUCUCGUUGUUCUUUCCAUGCCUUUGUUCUGAAAUAUAAUUCUUCCAUGUCUUUGUUGUUGACGCCACCUACCUGGAUGUUCUUCCAUGUCUUUGUUGUGAACGCCACCUACCUGGAUGGUGUUCGUUAUAAAUAUCGGUACCUUCCUUCUUAUAUCGAUGUACAGUUAGUUCCAUCUGGCUUCCCAUGCGUGUAUGAGGUUUUCUUCUUAAAUACACUAGUCAUUAAAAGUAAAGAAUAAUGACAGAAAUAAAAUGUAAUGAAAAAUCAUUAAGGAAAAUUAUUAAUGAAAAAUUAUUAAUAGAAAUUUGUACAAAAGCUUUACUUAACAUAAGUCACAGUGUUUGGCAGUUCAUUAUUUGCAAGUUAUUGAAAUUAAAACCAACUAUAUGGAAACUGGAAAAUGAUGGAAAAAUUAUGUGACCUUUUGUAAAAAAAUUUGUUUUCUUUAAUAUGGUUUAUCGUCACUAUACAACAGUCUAUGAAAUCAAGAUGUGCAUGCCAAGUGAAAGUGUUGACCAAGUCUUGUGGAAUUACAUGCCACUCUUCUGAAAGUGCAAUUUUCAGCUCCUAGAGGGUCUGGGGAGAAAUUUGGCUUGUUGAAAUUCGGCGCCUUAAAGCAUCCCACACAUGAUCACACAUUCGAAUGAUAUCUUCUGUUUGCAAGUAUUCUGAUUCUACAUGUGCUUCAGGAGGCCGAACAUUGUCAUCAACUCUGGGCCAAUAACAAAGUUGCAUGGACAUUUAAUGGUUGAGCUUUGCCAUUGUUGAACUUUGCCACAUGGCAAAGCACAAAAAUCCAUUCUGAUACAAGCACGUCUAUGUCCAUGGGUAUAUGUAACAUGCGUGCGUUGCGCAUCGCAUCGUCAAUCGCCGCAUUUGUAUUACUUCCAGCGCUCACGUAUGCGUGAAAAUGCAAUUUUAUGUUCAACUGCAUUUAAUUAACAUAAAUAAUUACAGCAUUGCGCACUGGUUUUAACAUUAAGUGGGCAUACUUUUUCUCGUUAUCCUUUAAUUUGGAUGGCCCAGUGUCUAUAGUUGUUGCUUUGAGACUUUGGCAGCAUUGCCUGAAAUGCCGCUUUCUCCUGGCAGGCUUUAACUCGUAUUUCAUUGAAUGCCCCUUAUAUUGCGGUAGAAAAUAUUUGAUAAAAAUAAUCACGUUAGAUAUUAAAUUAUGAUCAUUUAUUUAAAAUUUUGUCAGUAUUUCAUACUCUUAAGAUUUUCAAGACAACCAAAAGGUAUAAAAAUGUAUUUUUUUGCUCUAUCUGUAUUUUUAUGAAGUGUAAUCAUGCUACAACAAUUUGCUCAACUUAUCUUGCAACUUGAAAUGUAUUUUAAAUAUUCGUGUAAAUGUUUGUUUAUUAAUACUUUCUAAUUAACCAAGGUUGAUCUUACAACCUUGAUUUAUGUAAUAAUAAGCACGAGUGAAAUAUGUGAUUAGCUCCUGAGUGAAAUAUGUGAUUUAUGCCACUAUACUUUGCUUUAACCAAUGUAUUUUUGUACGGGUGAUUGGACCAGUGUAUUUAUUAUCUGCACAUUAAAUGACUGUACUAUGUUUUAUUUA